CCAGAACGAGGCCGUGACGUCACGACAUAGUAACAGUGAAGCUAAAAUGGGUUUACUGGAUCUUCUACGUAAACUACGAUCUAGUCCUGAUCAGGAACUUCGAAUCUUACUACUAGGUCUUGAUAAUGCUGGCAAAACAACUAUAUUAAAGUCAUUAGCUUCUGAAGAUAUCAGUCACAUAACACCCACACAGGGUUUCAACAUAAAAAGUGUGCAAUCACAGGGUUUCAAGUUGAAUGUGUGGGAUAUAGGCGGCCAGAGAAAAAUUAGACCAUACUGGAAAAACUAUUUUGAAAAUACAGAUGUUUUAAUUUAUGUUAUUGACAGUGCAGAUAAAAAGAGGUUAGGAGAGUCUGGUGAGGAACUAGAAGAACUUUUAGAAGAAGAAAAAUUAGCAGGUGUACCAGUUUUAAUAUUUGCUAACAAACAAGAUCUUAUAAAUGCACUACCUGCAUCUGAAAUUGCUGAUGAGAUGAAACUUACGCAGAUAAAGGACAGGAAGUGGCAGAUUCAACCAUGUUCUGCUAUUAGUAGUAAACCAGAGGAGAGUGGUGUUCCAGAGGGAUUCCAAUGGAUGGCAAAAAAUAUUCCAAAAGGAAAGAAAGGAAAGUAGAACUUUGUUUUAAUCUAUAUGGGAAAAAUGAAUGAAAUGGAAUCCGCUGAUCUAAAGAUAGUGCUACAAAAGACAGCUGGUAAAAGACUGGAGAUAUAGAAAAACA